AGAACCUGGUUGAAGGGACAGCGGAUCCCGCUAGACCCUGUUGGGUUUGGGAAGCCGCAUUGUCCGGAACCGGGCGAGGAAGACCCGGCUCGGAACCUGAAAACUCCCUGGAGCCGCAGUCGCCGCCGGGCGGCCUGGGAAAGUCAGCAGAGGGGGAACCGCAGCCCGGCGGCCCUGGAACCUCCCAGGUCAGAGGAGCUGCGGGGCUGGGACCCAGGAGGGGAGGGACCAGGGGUUGUGCUCGCUCAGGCGGCCUAGAAGGACACAGCUUUCAAAAUUUGUUGUGGAUAUCUUUCCGUUGUCGGUAAAUUUGAGAUUCUAUGUAGUGAGUCUUAAUAUUAGUAUUGGUUUUUUUUUUCACUUGCCUUAUGAACCAUAAAAUAAGACUAUUUUCUCAUAAAAUAAUUCCUAGAAUAAUCUGAAAGAACAUUUGCAUUCUUUUUUUUGUUUGCAAACAGGGUUUUCUUUGCUAUUGUGGCCGUUUCAACGCCCCUGAAAUUUAAAAUCAUCCAUGAUUUCUAACUCCCCUGUUUUACCACUUGCUUAUUUAAGAGCGUAUCCUUUGCCCUUUACACUAGCCAAAGAUGUAUAUAGAUAAUAAUCACACAAGGAACCAAUGCACAUAUGAUUAUAUCUUAUGGAGAACAUGUAUUUUAUGGAGUGCCACAGAUAUGGUUGUAAACCCUUUGCUCCCUAUUAAUUUUCCGUGUGAGAUACCUGCAGUGUGGGAUAUAAAUACAGCAUUCAGAAUUGCGUCCUCAUAUGCUGUGUUCUUGUGUUACACCUUAGGUCCAGGCAAGCCCAACAUGCAUGCUGUUAGAGCAUAUCAGACCACACUGAUAUACUGUUUCAUAGUUAGCAAAGUCACUUUAGAUUAAAAGAAAAUUAGAAAGCAUCUUCUGAAUAAUUAUGACUACACACCUGUAUCAGAAAUAUACCUCCUUGGUUGAAGAAAAGCUCUCUGCCCAUGUGCAUACACGUGGCGAAACUGUUUUGUUUGUUUGUUUCAGGGUUUGUUGACAUUCAUCUCUGUGACUGUGGACUUCUUGCAGGAGGCAUGGGAAUGUCUAUAGCUGCUCACAGGGCGUUUUGCAGAGAUCUUCUAUUGGGAGAAGUAUAGCAGAGUGGGUUCGGAGGGUGAGAAUAGUUUUCAUGCAAGCUCCCUUGCUCUUCUUCAGCGUUCCGGAGAAAACUGCACAUGUGUGAGAUGUGUGUGAAUGAGUCUCACAUCUUGGAGAAUAAAGUAAAAUCCAAAGAGAAGGAGACUGUGUUCUUUAUAUUUUCUCUCUCCUUCACGUUUAGCAUAUGUUAACACCUUUUGUUGUUGCUCCAUGAAAAGGUCCAGGUGCUUUCUGAGGAAUCUCUUUCCCAUAUGCAGAUCUCACAUUGUCAAUAAGUCCUGCUCACCUGUGAGUCAGAACAAAGAGCCCUGGAUGUGAAGAGAGAGGAUCCAGGCUGUAUCCUAUCUUCAUGUUUGAGUUGGGGAAUAUCAUCCUUAUACAUUACCAAACAUCGCGGAAGGAAAAUAUAAACAUAUACCAUUCUAUUAAUCAUUUUGUUAAUUUUUCUCUAUUGUGUUUACUUUCCUUUUUCUGCUGCUCUUAUUGCUUUGGGUAUCUGCUCUUCUGCCACUGUCAUGUUGCUGUUGUUCCUGUCCGUCUGUGGUGUCAUCUUGAAAUCACAGCUGGGAUGACUCAAGCUUUGCUCGGCACUCUGAGGAUUUUUGUGUUGGGGUUUUCCUUCUAGUACUUUCUGUGGGGUUAAGUUUCUCAAUAGGUAUUGUUUAAAUCUACUUUUGUCAUGGAAUAUCUUGUUUAUAUAUCGAUGGUGAUCGAAAGCUUUGCUAGGUAUAAUAGUUGGACUUGCAUCCGUGAUCUCUUAGUGUCUGUAGUACACCUGUCCAGGACCUUCUGAAUCUCAUGGUUUCCAUUGAGAAGUUGGUAUAGUUUUGAUUGGUCUGCCUUUAUAUGCUAUUUGACCUCUUUCCUUUGUAGCUCUUAAUAUUCUUUCUUUAUUCUGUAUGUUUUGCAUUUUGAUUAUUAUAUGGCGAGGGGACUUUUUUAUUUUUAUUGUAAUUUUUAUCCAGUCUAUUUGGCCUUCUGUAAGUUUCUUGUACCUUCAUAGGGAUAUCCUUCUUUAAAUUAGAAAAGUUUUGUCUUUUUUUUAAAAAAAUAUAUUUUCCGUGCCUUUGAGCUGGAGUUCUUCUCUUUCUGCUAUCCCUAUUAUUUGGUCUUCAUGGUGUCCUAGAUUUCUUGGAUGUUUUGUGUUAAGAAUUUGUUGGAGUCAAUGAUUUCUUCGACCAAGGAAUCAAUUUCCUCUAUAACAUCUUUAACGCCUGAGAUUCUCUCUUCCAUCCCUUGUAUUCUGUUUGCUAUGCUUGCCUCUGUAGUUCCUGUUUGUCUACCCAGAUUUUCCACAUCCAGAAUUCCCUCGGUUUGUGUUUUCUCUAUUGCCUCUAUUUCAUUCUUCAGGUCUUGAACUGUUUGCUUUACUUGUUUGUUUUUUCUUGAUUCUCUUGGGUUUCUUUGAGGGAUUUAUUAAUUUCCCCCAAGUUUUUGUUUAUCUUUUCUACAAUAUCUUUAAGGGAGUUUUUCAUUUUCUCUUUAAAAGUCUCCAUCAUCUUCAUAAAGUUAUGAAUAAAUUGUUUUCUUCUGCUUCUUCUGGAUUAGGAUAAUCAAGUCUUCCUGUUGUAUGACCCCUGGGUUCUGUUGUUACCAUGUUGCUUUUUAGGUUGUUGGAUGAAUUCUUGUAUUGGCACUUACCCGUGUCUUUCUACAAUUGAUGCUGAUGCCAGCAGUGUCUUUACAUCUUGGUUCAAUCCUUGCAGUGGCUGUCAGCAUCUUUUGGAACUGUUCUUGGUCUGCUCUGUACUGUCAAUGUCUGUGUCUCAUGGAGGCACUGAGGUCUCUCUUAGCCUGCUCUCUUGGUCUGUUCUACUGCUGUGCUCUCUUGCUCCACUCUGUGCAGUUACUGCUUGUGCUUUAGAGUUACUCUUCUCGUGGUCCUCUCUAUGUAGUUGCUGCUUGUGUUUCAAUAUUCUUCUGAGCUUGUGACACAUGGGGGCAUAUUGGAGGGUUUCGGUGCAGAGUGGGAUUUGUAGCUUGCAAGGUGUGGUGAAUGUGGGUGUAUUGGGGCAGCCUAUCUGCAGGAAACUCUCCUUCUGGCUAACUGGAGAAGCUGAGGCCGGUGGGGAAUUGGCCCUGGGUUGUGCCCUACUAUGGAGGGCCUAGAGAGUGGUAUAUCCUGCCAGGUGACUGGUCACUCACCUCUUGGUCCUCUCUGUAUUUUAGCAAGCUGUGUUUCACAGUUCUACUGGGUUGCAGGAGGAUAGGCAAGUUUGGGUGCAUGGUGGGGCUUGUAGCUUGCAGAGUUUGAUGGAUGGUGUGGGUUAUUGGGAUAGCCUACCUGGAGGAAACUCUCCUCCUGCCUGGCUUGAGAAGCUGAGGUAGUUGGGGGAGGGGCCCGGGGUUUUGUUGAGGACCUAGAGAGCAGGUAUCCUGCUGGGUGGCUGGUCACUCAUCUCUUGAUCCUCUCUGUAUUGUAGCAGGCUUUUUUUUCCCCUGAGUUCCACCCUUGGUCCUCCCUUUGAGUAGCAAGUUGUUCAGAAAAUAUUUUUAUCAGUAAAAUUAGGGAUAGUGAUUUUCUUCCUCCUGCUGAUAUCUGUAUUGAAAAUAAUCUGACUCCCAGCUUUCCUAUUCAUGUGUUACUUUUGUAAAAUAUCAUAUUUUCUGGUUUUUUUUAUGGCUAAAAUCUCUGGCUGUUCUGUUUUCUUUCUUCCUAAUUAUGAUCUACAGUGCAUUUUGAAUGGAUGACCUCUGUCGUUUAUAACCUUCUUCAUAUGCCUUUCCUUCUCCAUGGAUUUUCAGAGCCCAUGUUUCUGGUUGCAAUGAUCAGGCUCAUAGCCAUUUUCUUUCACCACUCUAUUUUUUUUAAUAUUUAUUUAUUAUGUAUACAAUAUUCUGUCUGUCUGUGUGUAUGCCUGCAGGCCAGAAGAGGGCACCAGACCCCAUUACAGAUGGUUGUGAGCCACCAUGUGGUUGCUGGGAAUUGAACUCAGGACCCCUGGAAGAGCAGGCAGUGCUCCCAACUUCUGAGCCAUCUCUCCAGCCCUCUUUCACCACUCUAAAUAUAUCCUUCCAUGCUUUCCUCUCUGUAGUAAUGUUGACAAAUUUUUGGUAUCAUUUUGGUUUUUUUUUUUUUUAGUCUUUUUUAUGUGGUUUGGUAUUGGCCUUAAUAUAGUUGUAUUAAUUUUAGUUUUGUAUUUUUGACACCUUGAUGGAAAUUUCAACAAGAAUUCCAGUCCUUGUUUUCUGAGAGAGAGUCAGAAACAACAACAAGAAGAAUGAAUGCAUCUGUGGUAAAUGCUCCCCAGGUUCUGUUAACAUUCAGGGAUGUGACAGUGGACCUCUCACAGGAGGAAUGGGAAUGUCUAGACUGUGCUCAGAGAGCUUUGUACAUGGAUGUAAUGUUGGAGAAUUAUAACAAUCUACUCUUUGUGGAAAAGCAUCAUUUAUGUGAUAAAUGUGAGAAGGUUCUGCACCAAGGCACAAAGACUUUUGUCCAUGAUCAUGAAAAUAUUCAAGAGAAAUCUUACAAAUGUUUUGAGCUUGGCCAAGUGAUUCAUGAACCCUGCCAAUGUACACCUUAUGGUACAAGGAAUACUGCAGAAAAUUACAAGUACAGUUUUGGUAACCACAUUCCUGCCUGUGUUGAAACCACAAUCCUCAAUAGACACAAAAGUGGAGAUGCUGGAGACGAACUUUGCAAAUAUGAAGACUAUGUAAGUUGUUUAAAUUUGUGUUUCAUCAUUAGCCAAAAUCAGAGUACUCAGAAAAGAAAGAAAGAACAGAAAAAUACAAAGUAUGGUCCAUCUUUUCACUCUAAUAGAGAAAUUAUAUUGAAACAAACUGAUAAUGGGAAGAAACCACACCAUUGCAGGAAAUGUGGAAAAUUCUUCAAGACUUACUCAAGCCUCAUUAGCCAUCAGAGAGUCCAUACUAAAGAAAAAACCUAUAAAUGUACAAAAUGUAGUAAUUCUUUUUUGCAUUUUUCACAACUCAAUAUCCAUUACAAAACCCACUGUCUGGAAAAACCUUACAAAUGUUCAGAAUGUGGUAAGUGCUUCUGUCACACAUCAGACUUUGAAAGACAUUACAGGAUCCACAUUCGAGGGAAACCUUACAAAUGUGGUGAAUGUGACAAAUCAUUUUCCGCAAAACAAAAUCUUAGAAUUCAUCAGAGAAUCCACACGGGAGAGAAACCAUACAAAUGUAAUGAGUGUGGCAAAUCUUUUAGAAGUGACCCCAAUCUUAGAAAUCAUCUGAAAAGACAUAGAGGUGAGAAACCUUACAAAUGUAGCGAAUGUGAAAAAUCCUUUACCACAAAAGACAAUCUUAGAACUCAUCAGAGAAUCCACACAGGAGAGAAACCUUACAAAUGCAAUGAAUGUGAGAAAUCCUUUACCUCAAAAGACUAUCUUAGGAUUCAUCAGAGACUCCACACAGGAGAGAAACCUUACAAAUGUAGUGAAUGUGGCAAAUCUUUUAGAGGUAGCCCAAGUCUUAGAACACAUCUGAAAAGUCAUAUAGGUGCAAAACCUUACAGGUGUAGUGAAUGUGACAAAUUCUUUACCACAAAAAGCAGUCUUAGAACUCAUCAGAGACUCCACACAGGGGAGAAACCUUACAAAUGUAGUGAAUGUGGCAAAUCCUUUUCCAGUAGCUCAAAUCUUAAAACACAUCUGAAAAGUCAUUCAGAUGAGAAACCUUACCAAUGUAGUGAAUGUGACAAAUCAUUUUCAUAUGGCUCAAAUCUUAGAACACAUCUGAAAACUCAUACAGGUGAGAAACCUUUCAAAUGUAGUGAAUGUGACAAAUCCUUUACCACAAAAGACGGUCUUAGAACUCAUCAGAGAAUCCACACUGGAGAGAAACCUUACAAAUGUAGUGAUUGCGGCAAAUCUUUUGCCCAGAAAGUCCAGCUUAUGACUCACCAGAGAACUCACACAGGAGAGAAACCUUAUAAAUGUAGUGAGUGUAACAAAUUCUUUACCAGAAAAGCCAAUCUUAGAGGUCAUCAGAGAAUACAUACAUUAGAGAAACUUUAGAAAUGUAGCGAAUGUGAGAAAUCCUUUACUGUUGGUUCAACUCUUAGAAUACGGUCCGGGAUAUUUGAUUACACUGUGAAGCCUGAGUUUUAAUAAUAUUAAUCUUGGAUCAGGGACUGAAACCGAGAACUAUUUAACAGGAAUUAGCAAUUGAAAGUAAGAUGCAGAGAUGAACAAUAAUGAAUAGAUGAGCAAUUUGGAAUUUCACAGUCUUUUCAGUCGGAGAUGGUUGGGGAGACACUCUCUUGCUGAGUCUCUAGGCCUCUCUGAACCAGCAUGUUUGGUGUGGGAAGUCCUUCUGUACAUGUAUUGCUUUUAUUGGUUAAUGAAUGAAUAAAGUAUCUGUCUUGGGCCUGGCAGGGCAGAAUAGAGGUAGGCUGGGAAAACAAAACUGAAUGCUGGGAGAACAGACAAGUCAGAACCUUGCUGGUAAGCCACUGCCACGUGCCUAUAUGCAGAUUAAUAGAAAUUGGUUAAAUUAAAAUGUAUAAAACCUAGCUAAUAAGAAGCUAGAGCUAAUAGACCAUGCAGUGAUUUAAUUAAUACAAUCUCUGUGUCGUUAUUUCGGGGCUGAGCAGCCGGGAACAAACAAGCGGCCUCCUCCAACACAUGUUUUCACCCCAGUGUCUGAGUCCUGAGCCCUUAUUGGUAAAUAGAACAAUAGAAACUUAGGUAAAAGCUACAUUUGUUGGCUAUGCCACAGCCAGUACUAGCAGAGUCAGAAAUCCCACCAAACCACAGCCCAAGCAACAGUGUUUUUAAUGCAGGGCCAUAGGACCAUAGUCAGGUGUAACUGCUUUGCUGACAGGAAAACAACGUGAACACAUCAGAAUAGAUACUAAAGAGAAACAUAAAUGCAGUGAAUGUGAGAAAUCCUUUACUGUUUGCUCAUUUUUAAGAGUAUAUUAGAGAAUUCGUUCAGGAGAUAAACCUUGCAAGUGUAGUUGUCUUCAUUAGGCUUUUUUGCUCUGAAGCAAUUCUCUUAAAGGAAAACUUUUAACUGAGGCUGGCUACAAUUUCAGAGAUUUAGUCCAUUGACAUCAUGGUGGGAAACACAGUGACAUGUAUGCAGACAUAGUGCAAGAGAAUGAACCGAGACGUCUGUGGCACGAUCCUUGGGUAGCAGGAAGUAAGCUAUGUACUAGGUGUGGCUUGAGCAUAUGUGAGACUUCAAUGCCUACCUUAACAGUGACACACUUCUUCCAGCAAGUUUACCCAAACUCAAAGAAGGCUGUCCCUCCUAAUAGAGCCAUUCCUUAUGGGCCAAUCAUUCACAUUGGGGCCAUUCCUAUUCAAACAACCAUAGUAGUGGAUAUGAGAAUCAUUUUAUCUAUAAAAUCACCCCGAGAACAGAUCAUAGUAUUCAUGUGGUAGAGAAAACUGAAAAAUGUAAUGUAUAUGCAAAAGUCUUUACCAGCCUCUCAGGUCUAAGAGAACAUCUGAAAAUUUAUACCAGUGAGACAAGUUUCCAUGGAAAAUCAUUUGGGAUGUUCUUAAACCAAGGUCUGUUCUUAGCUACCCUUGAGACUCCACACUAGAGAAUCAUUGUGAACAUGAGAUAUUUGGGAAAGCCUUUAAGUUAAUUUCAAAUCUUAGAAAACAUUAGGAGUUAAUGCAGAGAAAAAUGGGAAAAAAUGUAGAACAAGUUUCAUCAAAACCUUUUACUUGUUCAACCUCAAAUGUUUCAUAAUAAAGACCAAAUGGAGAAAUGUUA